AUGCCUGUUAAACGCCUAAAACUCUCAGAAGAUAGCGAUGUUGACGCGUCUGGUGCAGACCACGAACAGAGUGAUAAUGAUCUCGAAGCUGAAGCACAGCAAUCCACGACCUCUAUUUCUUCAUUGGAAGACGACGAUUCUCCAGACACGGAGGCUGAAAUUGCGGAUAAAAGAAUAACAAAGUCGAAGAAAACAUUAAAACGAAAGCGGCGGGCAACAGAGCCCUCACAAUUUGGUGCUACCCUGCAAGGCCUGCUUGACACCAUUGCACCGUCGGACCUGCCGUUAUCUCUCAAACCUUCUAUCGCGCGCCAGAAAAAUGGUGCAAAGCUUGAAUUGAAGGCCCACAGAGUGAUUCAAAUAGAGAAGAAGGAAAAGGCGGACAAAGGACGCGUACGGGAUGUUAUCGGAGGCUGGGGCGGCGAGAGUGAACGCUCCUUGCGCAAGGUUGCUCAACGAGGAGUGGUGAAACUCUUUAAUACUAUUCAACAAUCGCAGGUAGCGGCAGGCGUUGCUGCCGAACAGUCAAAAGGCUUGCGAGGAACGGGGAAACCUGCCCUUCCAGCACCCCUGUUGGACAAGAAACCGAAAGGAAAACAAAAGGCCAAGCACAAGGACAAUAUUAUCGGGAGAGGAAAUCCAGCGACAAUCGGGAAGGACGAUUUCUUUGACAUGAUCAGGUCAGGUGGCAUUGUCUCAAAAAGCAGGGUGUACUAUCCCUUACGGUCUAUUCCUUCAUUCGUGCGGCGUAUCUCUUAUGAUUGUCGGCCAAACUUCAAACUUCAGCCUCCGAGGACCACAAUUCGUAAAGAAGAGUGGGAGCGACGUCUAUGCGAGGUUCAGGUCACAAAAGAUGAUUUGAACCGACUUAUUAUGGACUAUCUCGUUAUCGAGGGAUACAAGUCUGCCGCAGAGGAAUUCAGCGAUGAAGCCAACGUUCCACCACCCGUAGACUUCGAGAGUAUCGAAAGUCGCAUGGUGAUUCGAGAAGCCCUGCAACGGGGCGAUAUUGAGGAAGCUAUUUCUCGCAUGAAUGACCUGAAUCCUGAGAUCCUUGAUACGAACCCUGCAUUGUAUUUUCACCUUCAGCAGCAGAAGCUAAUUGAGCACAUUCGGCAUGGGCGUAUCACAGAGGCAUUGAAAUUUGCGCAAGACGAACUCGCUCCAAGAGGUGAAGAAAGUCCGGAGUUUCUUGCAGAGCUGGAACGUACGAUGGCACUUUUGGCGUUCGACUCUUCAUCCUCGGCACCUGCGGCCAUAUCCGAACUUCUGUCGCCCGCACAGCGGAUGAAAACUGCGGGUGAGGUUAAUGCUGCAAUUCUUGAAAGCCUCAGCCAGGGAAAAGAGGUAAAGCUGGUGCAGCUUUUGAAGCUUUUGUGUUGGAGUGAGGGGAUGUUGGCAGAACGUGCAGAUUUUCCCAAGGUCUGCGCCUUGGCAUUUGGAUUCGAUUGGUUUUGCUCAACUUGA